AUGAGUGGAGAGGGAAGUAAGGGAUCCGAUGUUCCUAGUGACUGGGCUAACUUAACACCUGAUUGCUUGUUCAAUGUAUUCAAAAACCUUACUGUGGAGGAGAUGUUGGAGGGUCCACUGAAAGUUUGCAAGCCAUGGACGGACGCUGGAAACAAAUCUGUUUUCAGUGUCUUUGACGUCGGAGGUCGCACCGUUGUGCCGUUCGACUGGACGGACAUGGAGGACAAAAUGGACGCCCUUCUCAAGCAUUUUGCAGACAAGAGUGAUGGUGGCUUAACGAGUAUCAAAGUCAAGCACUGCACUGACAAAGCCAUCUCCUAUGUUGCUGACAGGUGCCCUAAUCUGGAGGUUCUUUGGCUUUCUAAAUGCCCAAGUGUCACUGAUGCUUCCAUGCUCAAGAUUGCGACCAACUGCACCAAGCUUCGUGAACUUCACCUCCACAAGGCACCAUACGUUACCAACCAGACGCUGGAAAAGGUGCAUCAGAAUUGCCCCAUGGUCAACGUAUUGAUUCUGGAAGACGAGUGA